AUGACUACAGAACAGAAAUUUAAUUGUAUAUUUUGCAAGGACGUUUUCGAUAAUAAAGAAGAUUUGCAAGUUCACUUUCGGAAGCACGCCGAUCCGCAGUUUAAAAGUAAAAGUCGCUUUGGAAAUGAGCCCCAAAUGUCCGAUGAAAAAUCUAAAGAAAGGUCCGAAAUGGUUAGUUGUGACGUGUGCUCACAAAUGUUUCCAACUAUAUCAAAGGCGAUAACUCACAAACACAAGGUACACCCAGAUCACGAUGUCAAGUACUUCUGUCCGUGGUGCGGGAAACUGUUCACUAUGAAACACCCUUAUAAUAUUCACAUACAAAGUACUCAUGACAACCAAGAACAGAUAGAAAGUAAGAUCUUCCACUGCGACUGCUGUGAUGUGGAUUUCUUUUUACCAUCAGCUAUGUUAUACCAUAACAAAUUCUUCCAUCGGCAAGACUCGGACAUACCAGAUGUUGGUGUGUCUAAGAAAUUAAAAUUAUACAAUCAGAAACACAUAACAGAUGAUCAUAGUGAUGAGAACCAGAGUCCUGAAGAAGUUUUGAGAUGUCCUUUAUGUGAAGCAAUAUUCUACCAUCUAGAUGCUUAUGAAAUACAUCUCACAUUCCAUACAACAGAAGACUUAUAUAGUGCCCAAAAUGAAUUAUUUGCGGACUUAUUUGAAUUUUCACUGGAAACUGUGCCCCCAAUGAUGGAAAAAGUCGAAAGCAGAGAAAAUUGUGAAGCAGAAGUACAUUCUCAAGAUACAGAUACAGAAUCCAAUGUAAAUGCAAUGGGGAUUGAAAAGUUUUUGGAGUUGGCAAUGGAUCAACCAGAGGACAGUAAUUCUGGAAAAGUGAAAAAGAAAAAACAUAAGAAAUCUAAAAAAGCUGCCAUAACACUCGAUGAGUUUUUAAGCAUGAAUCAAGAUGUUUUCGGUGAAGAUCUAGAUUUUCAGGGUGUCGAAGAACUACCAACACGCAUUGUUAAAAAACGAGUAAAAAAUAAAAAAUCUGUGAAUACAGUAGCAUCAGCAGAAUUGGAAAAAUUAAAACAAAAAGGUAUUGUCGUUGUGAAAGUAGGUGCAUCAAAACCCUCUAAGGCUGCUCAAAAAAAGCUUGCAAAAAAUUCUACUCCCAAUAGGGAAUUAAAAACUUCUAGUGAAGUGUUGACAAAAUUAAUGAACCAAAGUAAUAAUCAGAUAAAAAUCGUGAAAAAGUCAGUACCGGUUAUAAUUAAAAAUGAGACAGAGCAAGAUGUGACAACAACAUUUAUUGAGAAUGACAAAUCUAAUCAAAUUGAAAAUGAUACAGUAACAAAGAAUAUAAGUGAAGAAGAAACGGAAGACAGAAAUAUUGUUGAAGCCGAAGCUGAAAUUAAUUAUGCUAGACACCCAAUUUCGCCUAUAACUAACAGUAAGGAUGUAUCAUUUUCAAAAGCAAAAGACAUUUCAUUGCCAAGCACAGGUUCUGGAAUUGCUAUUAAUAAAAGUACUAGGCCAUCGAAUGGAGAGCAUGAUACCAACAAUAUCAUUGCCAAAGAAUCAAAUGAUACUGUAACUAAAAGUGUUAAUUUAGAGAAAAUUAGUGUUGGUAAUUUGCAAAAGUUAGGUGGGCAAAAAGAAUCACUAGAAUCAUUAAAUACUACCUUCAAUAAGCAAUUGAACCAAGACCAAUCAGACGAUGGCGAAUCUGACUCGGAAAUGUGUGAUGGAAAUAAUGGAACUGAAGGCAUUGAAGGGAACAACGAAUGUAUUAACGAAAUUGAGGAUACCAGUAAUAAAAAUAGAGAUGAACUUAAUAAAAUAUCUUCCGUUAGUUCUUUAUCAACCUUAAAACAUUUGGGUCACCUUACAGUAAAACCUAUUAAUCAAAUAAAUAAAGUCCCUAAUUUAGAUAUGGAAAUUUCUGAUCCUAAAAACAACGAUAAAACUGUAGCAAAGAUUGACAAAGAACAAACCCGCUUUAUUGGUAAUACUGAUAACGAGAUUACAGCGCUUAAACCUAAACCCACUAUAGAAAAAGAUCCUACUUUAGAUGCUUUGAAAAUUUUAAGUAAAAAUAUAACUAUUAAGUCUUUACCAGUAUCUGCAAAUAGAAGCGUUGACAGUGGAUCUGAAGCCGACAAAGAAGCAGACAAAGCGUUAAUGAAAGCAGAGAGAAACAGUAUGAAAUUAAAAAAUGUCAGUGGAAAUAAAAAUGUUACAAUAAAGAAAAUUAAAAUCGAAACCAAUGAGUCGGCACCCGUUGCUAAAGUGAUUAAUAUGGUAAAUAACCAGCCAAAAAAUAUUGAAGGUACUAUGCAUAGUCUCUCAAAAACAAAUAAACAAAGUACAAAACAUCUUUCUAAUAUUACAACUAAAGUUAUACCACCUCAGAAGAAUGUAGUAUCUCAAGUUGUUAAACAAACUAAUUCAACUAUGAAAAUUCAAAAGGAUCAGGAGAUCAUAGAAAUUUCUGAUAUUGAUGAUUCCGAUGAUGAAACAGCCUAUAGUAUCAAAUCUGAACCGAAGCAAGAUACGACGACAUCCACAGAUCCUUUAAGAAAUCUGAGUAGACAUAUUACUGUGAAAUCAAUUAACCAGCCAGUGCAGGCUGUUCCAAAGCAUAUAAAAGUUGAAAAUCAAGACGAACAAACUGACGAUGAAGAUCUUGAAAACGACGCAGUCAGGUGUGAUUCUGAUAUACCUACAAAUGCGAAAGUAUGUAGUCAAAAGUUGUCAAGUAGAAAUAUUGCAUUACAAUAUGCACUAAAAAAUUUGGGUAAAAAUAUAACAGUAAAAUCUGGGACCUCUUCGCCGUGUCAUUCUAUUAAAUCUCAAGACAAUUACUCACAGGAUUCCAAUAUAGAUGUAAAUGAACCUGAUGAUGUCUUGGAUUCGGAUCUUGAGAAAGUUAAGAUAACUGAGCUUGAGGGUAACAUUUCUAAUGAUGAAGAUUCGAAUGAUCGUAAUUUAGAACAUAGUGAUAAUCAACCAAUAGUCGAGUCCCCACAUGAUUCUGAUAGUGAAAAUGAUGAAGUAGAUAACAAAUUGUUAGAUUUUGAGGCCGAAAUAAGUGCUAGUGCAGUAAUGAAAACAAACCAAGAGGUCACAACCAAUAAAAAUAGCAUAUGCCUAAAUAACUUGAAAAAUAUAAGCAAAAAUUUAACAAUCAAAUCAUUAAACAUAAACUCUGACAAGCAAGAGAAAGCUAAACCAAUAUUUCAUCAAGAAACUGUAGAAUCGGCCAAGAACCAAACAAAACCCUCAAUUACUAAAUCAACUAAACAUUUAGUAAAUGAAUCUUUUGAUGAUGAGACCUCUACAUCUAGGAGUUUGAAAAAUGUUGCUGAUUUGGUUGACCAUGCCUCUAAUGAAUCUUUAAAUCAAAAAGUAUCUGUAAAUAAGGAAGUGACUGUAAAAACAUUUCAAACAAAGACAGUAAUACAAGAAAUCACGACAACUGUGACAAAAACUAUAAAAACAGUUAACCAAACUGUGAAACAAGAAACGAAAAACUCUAGCCAGAUGAGCAUACCAGUAAGGCCACAAAAGGUGCAGGGUAUACGACCAAAUACAUCAAAAAACCUUCAAGGCAUGGUCAUUCGCCAAGCUUGUCCUACAGCAGUCCGGCCAAAUAACAAUGUGGCUCAAGUUAGGCCUGUCGCUAAUGUCGUGAGACCAUCCAAACAAAUCGUUCCUAUGAGGGCUAGUUCAAGUGUAACAAGACCUAGCACUCCAAGAAUGUCAAAUUCCAAAACUAACUUGCCCAAAUCUAGUCCAAACAAACCAGUGAUAGGAAAGCCCUUAAAAUUUUCGCCCUCUGUCAUGACGUCGGCACUUGCCAAACGCCCAAAUACUGACGAAGUAAGUGGACCUUUCAGUUGUUUUAAAAAACCGAAGGAGUCGCUAAUCCCGGUAUCAGAUAUACCAGAUUUUGGUGGUGGCGGUGAUACCACGGUUCAAGUCAAAGCGGCCUCGCAAACUAGUUCUAGUUACAUGAGCACGUCUAAAGUCGUUAAAGGUAAUUCGAUAGUUACAGCAUCACAAGUAAAAUCUGAAAUGUCGACUGUGCAUCAGUUAAGUAGAUUUAAUAAUUCAGCUAGCAUUAAAGUAAAGAGUGCUUUAGUCAAACAAAGUCAAGAAAAUGAAUCAAGUUCAAAGAAACAGACUACUUUAGAAGCAAUAGAAAAGUUACAAAAACAGGGAUUAUUAGUGAAAAAACCUCGAAUAGAAUUAAAUGAAAACAGUGAUUAUCCACCUGACGAAAAUGUUGGUAUGGGUUACAAUUCAGAUGAUGAACAAGAUGAAUAA